AUGCCAGUCUCUGAUAGCGACAGUGCGUUAGAGGCAAUCGGUGAUCCCGUGGAUGACGGCAGCGGCCCAGCUGUGGAUGAGACAGAUUCCGGAUACUGGGACCGAGACUCUACUACACAGUCGGUGACAGCAAGCAUCUACGAGUAUGAGAGGCGGUAUGAUCGCACCUAUCACUCCUUCCAUAGCGGCAAGUAUUUGAUGCCCAAUGACGAGUCGGAGCAGGACAGAAUCGACAUCCACUACCAUGCCGUCCGUCUGUCGUUAAGGAACACUUUAUUCUUUGCCCCGAUUCCCAAUCCACGGGCAAUUCUCGAUAUUGGGACUGGAACAGGUGUAUGGGCGCUGGACGCUGCUGAAGUCCAUCCGGAUGCUAUCGUCAUUGGCACUGAUUUGAGUCCAAUUCAACCACAUUUCGUACCAACAAACUUGAGCUUCGAGAUUGCAGAUGCCGACGAAGAGUGGACAUUUGGCCAUAGAUUCGACUUGAUCCACUCCAGGAUCAUGAACGACUUCACUUUGCGAAGUUGGCCUCAUUAUUUCGAGCAGGCAAUGCAAUGGCUCACACCGGGAGGGUGGGUUGAAUGCCAGGAAUCCGACUAUAAUCGUCGGAGUGACGACAACACACUCCCCCCUAACAGUCGGCUCACCUUUUGGGAACGUGAGUGGACGAGAGGGAUGCAAAAGACGGGUCUGGGCGGGUUCUGCAGACCUGAGCUUGUUAUGGAGCAGAUGCGGAACGCAGGCUUUGUCAAUGUCAGCUGCCGCAGGUUCAAAAUCCCCAUAGGCCCCUGGCCCAAGGAUUCAACGCUCAGGCAGGCAGGAAUGUUUGGCCUUGUCAAUAUACUUGACGGCAUCCAAGGACUGAGUCUGAAGGUAUUCAGGGAACUCCUGGAAUACUCAUUUGAGGAGCUUGAGGCCUUGUUGACGGACUGUCGACGAGAGGCUAGAGACCGUACUGUCCACAGCUACUGGCCGCUGUAA